AUUAAUUAGUGUAAGAUAUGAUUAAUUUAAAUCCCACUCUCCAAUUAAGGUGUCACGUCAGCAAAGGGGUAAGCCGGUUUACACAAGUUUAGGGUAUAAGUGAUCCGAUUUUCAGAUUUGGACUUUUUUGAUACUUUGACGCAAGUUCGGGGGUGAAAGUGAUCCUUUAUUCAUUAGAUUAUUAUAUCUUUUGAGUAACCCCUCUUUUAAGUAGUGGUCUUUUGUAAAACGUUCAUAAAUGUUUUGAAGAAAAUCAAACUUUAAGCGAUCGUAUAUGAAAAAAGUCAAAAAAAAAUAAAAGUUGGGCUAUGAUUUACUUUAAGUGGGCUUAGUAUCCAAAGUCCAUGAAUUUAAUGGGCUUCUGAUUCUUUCCAAUGGAUGGGCUUCAAGUCUCCACACAAUAUUCUGCCAGGUUCAACGUGUCGCAUUUCUACUGUUCCACGUAUAUCCUUUCAAAACCACAGCUUUUAACGGUCCGUUUCCCUCCAUUUUUCAUUUUCUUUUGAUCUGAACUUUCAGACAGAACCCUGCCUGUCCCGCGUUAUUCUCCGUUAUCUUACAUCCGCUGCGCACGUCAGCAUUUUCCGGCGCUCUCUCGUCUCUUCAAUGGAUUCUCUACCCUCUAUUCAACCGGGUCGAUUUCGGGUACUGAAAGGGGGAUCAAAAAACCGAACGGGUCCUGUUGUUUACUGGAUGUUUAGAGAUCAACGGCUGAGAGACAAUUGGGCUUUAAUUCACGCCAUUGAUGAAGCUAAUAAGAACAAUGUAGGAGUUGGAGUUGCUUUUAAUUUGUUUGAUGAGUUUAAAGGAGCUAAAGCUAGGCAACUGGGAUUUAUGUUAAAGGGUUUGCGUCAACUUCAGGAUCAAAUUGAACAUACUUUUCAAAUUCCCUUCUUUUUAUUCCAAGGAACAGCUGAAGAGACUAUUCCAAAGUUUUUAGGAGAGUGUGGGGCUUCACUUCUAGUUACUGAUUUCUCACCUCUACGAGAGGUUCGAAAAUGUAAGGAUGAAAUUUGCAAGAGGGUGAGUGAUUCUGUGACCGUACAUGAAGUUGAUGCUCACAAUAUUGUACCUGUUUGGGUAGCAUCCGACAAGUUGGAGUACAGUGCUAGGACUUUAAGGGGCAAGAUAAAUAAAAAGCUAUCCGAUUACCUUGUUGAAUUUCCUGUAAUGCAACCUCCUAGCAAUAAGUGGGUUGCUGCUCCAAAUAAGUCAAUUGAUUGGGAUAAUCUUAUUGAUGAAGUUUUAAGUAGGGAUGGCAAUGGGGCGGGUAGGAAAGGAGCAGAAGUUCCUGAAAUCGAAUGGUGCAUACCUGGAGAAGAUGCAGCAAUGGAAGUAUUAACUGGUACUAAAAAUGGAUUCUUAACCAAGAGGUUGAUGAAUUAUUCUACAGACAGGAAUAACCCAUUGAAACCAAAAGGGCUCUCCGGUCUCUCCCCAUAUAUUCAUUCUGGCCAAAUCUCCGCACAGAGAUGUGCCCUGGAGGCUCGUAAAGCACGAAAGCUUUAUCCUCAGGCAGUCGACACGUUUUUGGAGGAGUUGAUUGUUCGUAGAGAACUUGCAGAUAACUUCUGUUUCUACCAGCCUCAAUAUGAUUCACUAAAAGGCGCAUGGGAAUGGGCACGUAAAAGUUUGCUAGAACAUGCCUCUGAUAAGCGAGAUCAUGUUUAUUCGAAGGAGCAAUUAGAGAAGGCGCAAACAGCCGAUCCGCUUUGGAAUGCUUCUCAGCUGGAGAUGGUUCACUAUGGGAAGAUGCAUGGUUUUAUGCGUAUGUAUUGGGCGAAAAAGAUUCUGGAGUGGACAAGCGGACCCGAUGAAGCCCUUGCAAUGUCAGUAUAUUUAAAUGACAAGUAUGAAAUAGAUGGAAGAGACCCUAAGGGAUAUGUCGGUUGCAUGUGGUCGAUUUGUGGUGUUCAUGACCAGGGUUGGAAAGACAGACCAGUUUUUGGGAAAAUUCGGUACAUGAAUUAUGCAGGCUGCAAGAGGAAGUUUGAUGUUGAUGGCUACAUUGCAUAUGUGAAGAGGUUAGUGAGCGAAAAGAAGAAGAGAAAAGCAGAAUAUCAGCCUGCUAGACAAGAAAAACAGCAUUGCACAUCAGCCAUUUAGCCGAUUUAGGGUUUGACAGUGUUGUAUUGUACAUACAAUUUCUAGGGCUUUAGCUUGGGAUAGACGCUAACCCUCAGAAAAGAAAAUGAUUUUUGUCCAUUUAAAUUUAAGCAUAGUCUUGAAAAACAGAGACAUCGUUUAAUUGAUUGCAAUGAUUUUUGUAGAAA